UAGCUGUUGGCCUUUUUACUGCUUUGGUAUUCAUUAGGUAAUCCAGGUAUCGUGCUUUGUGUUCCUGUGUAACACUCUUUCGCAUUCCCUUUGGUUAGUGCACUUCAUCUAUGGCGGAAAUUAAAUCUGUCUCAGAGCUUGUCCCAACUAUUACUAAAAUUACUGAUCACAAGUUGACUUGGAUAAAUUAUUUGGAUUGGAGUAAAACCAUUCGCCUCUAUCUGCGGAGCAUUGAGAAGGAAGACCAUCUGACUGAUGAUCCUCCAACAACUGAUUCCAAAAAGACCUGGUUGCGGGAUGAUGCACGGCUAUUUUUCCAGAUCCGUAAUUCCAUUGACAGUGAGAUUAUUCCCUCUAUUAAUCACUGUGAAUUGGUUAAGGAACUAAUGGAUUAUUUAGAUUUUUUGUAUUCAGGAAAAGGAAAUAUCUCUUGUGUUUACGAGGUCUGCAAAGCUUUCUAUCGUUCUGAAAAACAGGAUCGUCCUCUCAAAGCCUACUUUAUGGACUUUAAAAGGAUGUAUGAAGAACUGAAUGUGUUAAUGCCUCUUACUGCUGAUUUGAAGGUUCAGCAUAAGCAACGGGAGCAAAUGGCUAUUAUGAGCUUUCUUACUGGUCUCCCACCUGAGUACGACACAGUUCGGUCUCAAAUCUUAUCCGGAUCUGAAAUUUCUGACCUUCAAGAUGUGUUUUCCAGAGUAAUGAGAGCUGAGAAUCUCUUGCCACCAGCUGCUAGUAUUCCUACAAGUGCCUUGCUCAGUAAGGGCACCUAUGAGACUCGUAGUCCCAUUGAUAACCGCGGGGGGCCUACCCGUGGUGGUUCGAAGCAAGGGGGAGCCCCUUCUGACUCCAGUGGGGUAGUGUGUUAUUACUGCAAAGAACCGGGGCAUACAAAACGCACAUGUCGAAAACUUCAGAAUAAACAGCAACGGAAUAACUCUGCCCACGUGGCUACACAAGCCAGUGACACAGUCACGAUUUCUGCUGCUGAGUAUGCCCAGUUAAAAUCUACUACACCGUCUGUGAGUGCCGCAGCUACAACAGGAUCUUUUGACGAGGCGGAUUAUUGGUAGAGGUUAUGAAUCUGGCGGGCACUAUAUACUGGAUGAUC